AGCUCCACUGCUCGGAAAAGGGCGGAUCAUAUUCGUUCCAAUCACAUUAGGGUUUUUCUGGAUCAUCUUGGAAAUGGCGAGAAAUUGCAGAUUCAUCACAAUGAUCAGCACUUUUAAUGUCUUAUUAGCACUAUUAUUAUCGUCGAUGAUUUUGGAUUGUGCGGCUUAUAGACCUGGAGACAUCGUUCCGAUGAGCAAAAUGGGUCAAUAUCACUCUUCACGAACGGUAUGGCAUGAUAUGAUUGGUCGUCACUGCCCGAUCUUUGGUGUAAAUCGUGAGGUAUUGGUUCCUAUAUCUAAACCAACUGGUUUCACCGGAGCUGAUCCUUACAAAAUAUCAUUUCAAGUUGGAAAAGAGAAGUAUUAUAUCCCAUGGCUACUUGUUAUAAACCGUAAAAGUUCUGAGGUCCCAAUGAUUGAUGUGCAUUUGAGGUACUCAGGAAGUGAUUUUCUUGGUGUCACAGCUAAAGUUCUAGACAUGCCACAUAACUAUGUGGAGCUUCAUUCAGACAUUGGGAAGCAAUUUUGGGAUACACAAAUAUGGCCAAAACAUGUGCUUGUUAGAUACACAUGGGAGGAACAAUCAGAAAUAGAUGUUGCUUCUGGGUUCUAUGUUCUCUUUGGAUCAGGGCUACUUAUGUCAUUUGUCCUUUCUAUUUACAUUUUGCAAUCUUCUCGUGAUAAAAUAGAAAGGUUUGUUAGAGAGACUGUAGCGGAAAGUAGUAUGCCUGGGGGAGUUGCAAAAGUUGAAUGAAUCAGUCUUUUAUCAGAUAGUUAAUAUGUUGAUGAGUAAUAUUUUGUAUGAAUUUUUACUAGAAUUAAAUUUUAAUAGCAUAAACAAUUUUUUUUUUUUUAUGAAAUUAAUUGUUUUUGACAAA